GGGCAGAGAUAGAGAGAGAGAGAGUGUGUGUGUGAGAGAGAGCGUAAAGGAGGAGGGGAGGUUUAUUCCAACAGCGCUGGUGAGACAGAAGUUUCAUCUCUGCACCUCAACACGCAGCCUGGACAGAUCCACCGUGCGAGCACACAAACAGACGCGAUGCUGCUCCCAUCGAGCGUGCUGAUUGGCCUGCUGUGCCUGAGUCACGCAGCCGGCGUGGCGGGCUUCGCCCGUCUGCUGGACGACGUCGAGCUCCGCUCAGCUUUCUCCGUGGCGCGCACCAACAGCAUGGAGGGCGGCCCGAAGAUGACGGUGACCUUUGACACCGUCUACGUCAACAUCGGAGGGGAUUUUGACACCAAGGCCGGUUUGUUUCGCUGUCGCAUCCCCGGGGCCUACUACUUCUCCUUCACGGUGGGAAAGUUUCCGCAUAAGGACCUGUCCGUGAUGCUGAUGAAGAACAGGAACGAGGUGCAGGCCAUAGUGUAUGAGGAGAACGCUGGAGAGGAGAGGAAGGUGCAGAGCCAGAGUGUGAUGCUGCAGCUGGAGUUUGGUGACACCGUCUGGCUCCGUCUCCAUGGCGACCCCCGCUACGCGCUCUACAGCAACACCGGACACUACACCACCUUCAACGGCUACCUCGUCUACCCCGACGUCUACGGCUACCAGACGCACCACCAUCAGGACCACCCCGCCUACAGCUCCCAGCAGCCCCAGCAGGACGCCGGCCUCCUGCAGGGCGCUAACCAGGCCACGGAGCAGGUCAAGCCUGCGACAAAGGACACGGUGAAGGAGCAGGAGCUGCAGCAGAGAGAAGACGACGAAGAGGAUGAGGACGAGGAGGAAGAGGAUGACCAGAGGUCCGCCUUCUCCGUGGGUCGCACCCAAAGCAUCGUGGGAGUGAACCAAGCGGGGCUGCCGCAGCACCAGCCGGUCAGCUUCGACACGGCGUUCGUAAACAUCGGCGAGGACUUCAACGUGACGGAGGGCGUGUUCAACUGCCGCGUCCCGGGCGCGUACUACUUCUCCUUCAACGUGGGCAAGCUGCCCCAGAAGACGCUGUCCGUCAAGCUCAUGAAGAACCGCCUGGAGGUGCAGGCGAUGAUCUACGACGACAGCCAGGGCGAGAAGGCUCUGCAGAGCCAGAGCCUGAUGCUGUCGCUGAAGCCAGGAGACACCGUCUGGCUCUACUCCCACCAGAGAGACGGGUUCGGAGCCUACAGCAACCACGCCAAGUACAUCACCUUCACCGGCUUCCUGGUUUACCCGGACUUCCCCGCCGCCUCAACCGCCGUCACCAGCAGCCAACCACACGCAGACAAGAAGCCAUAGCUGCAGCGCGCCGGCUACGGACUGAACGUUGUGACUGGAAUUCAUGCAAGACGGAGACGUCUGAAAGUCGAACAGGAAGCGCUGGGCAGUUUCUGAGUCACACUGAAUGCUGCUUCGUGGAUGUCUUCCCUCUUUAUAUGAAUUCCUUCACAAAGUCACGAGGACCUUGGACUUGGAGUGUAAAAGAAAAUCUCUUCAAUUUUCAGCAAAUGGCUUCCCAGGAUGUGACUCCAUCACACUCAAAUGUGAACGUUUCACCUCGUAAUGACACAUCGGUCUUUACCUACUCACCUCAAGGCCCCCGUUUAAGUUGUUACCUGUAAUGCCUUUUCUACAGCUCAAAAAAUAAUACCUGUGUCUGCUUAUAGUGCAUUUAAUGAUCAACGCACCUCAGCCCCCAGGAGAUGCACAGGACGUGAGCGAACAAAGACUGAGAAUUUAUUUAUUGUUAUUAUCACGACAACAAACACAAGUUCCAACAGUAACUAUUAAUAACUGAUCUACAUAGAGGCAUGAGUUUCACUCACAACACUGUAAUUGUUUGCACAGAUUAAAUAUGUGACUAAAAAUGGCUGCAGUUUCAAGCCCUGAAAAAUAUGAAACGAGGCGACUUAAAGUGAAGAAAUCAUUACUUAGUGAUCGGAAUGAUGUGAGAGUAACUGAAUGUGUCAGAUCAUUUCAUAAUUGCUGUAAAACGUAAAAACAAAUGAUGUGUUUAAUGUUCAAAAUCUGCUUAAAAUUAAAAUACUCAAUUAAGUUCAUUAAAGUUGUCCCUAAGUGGUUCAGUCUGAAAACUCAGGUUUAUUAUUUGAGCUGUAGAUGAGGCAGAAUCCCUCCAUUCAUUCAGUGGCACAUUGAAGGUGAGGUGGAAAAUCACAGAAUUCCCAUUUUUAGGUGAAAUAUUCCUUAAAGUGCAUUUGUUAUCCCUGUUAAAGACUUGGUGUUUCUGCUCCGUGCGUCUCCAGAGUCACGUCCAGCGACAUGGACUCUGUGUCCAUGUGUCUUUCUUUUUCUUCCUUUUGGGAGUUUGGUGUUUCUCAUCCCGACUUCGGCCGCAGCAGGAGCAGAGGACGGUGGGACAAAAAAAGAUAAAUAAAUAAAUAAUAAUGAUGAUGAAAAAAAAAAAAAAAAAGCUGGCAUGGUUUUGGAAGUGUGCAGGACUCCAUAUCCGUCCCACUGUUGACCACAUGCCAUCUCCGGGUCUGCGGGGAUGUGGAGCGUAAUUUGAUUUCUAAUUCUAGCGGCGUUUAAUUCAUGUCUUCAGAUGGCGGCCACUGUGGGGGAAAAUUGAAUUGCUUCUCCUGGGGGCCGCUGAAAUAUGCAUGUCUGUUUAAUUUCACACCACCAGGAAAAUAGAUGACGCUCUUCAAAUUGUGAUGAACCCUGACUUUAUGAAAUCACCUCCUCGGCUGGAGAGGAGGCACAUGAAGUGAUGCUUCUCUGUUAUUGAACAUUAACUUUUUUUUUAUUAUUAUUAUUAUUACAAUUAACUGGUUGUGAAUUUAUGAGAAGAUAAUUUCUGAUAUGAACUGUGGCCGCUGCAGACCUGUGUGCUACAAACAGGUCAAUUUAUGAAGCAGUUUAGCGUCGAACUGUUUUUUUUUUUAAAGAAAACAUACUUUUAACACACAGUUAAAACAGGUUGUUUCCUUCAUUUCAUUGUGUCACUCAAAGAAAAACGCAUCCAAAGUUACACUAAUCAGUAUAUUUUUGUGUUGAUGAUGACUGUGUGAAGUGUUAAGGGUCUGCCUGGUUAACUGCCUGCCUGCUUUACUGUUCAGUCCCAGCAAUAUUCAAACACAACAGGGAGCUUUUUUUUUUUUAUGUUAGUGUAUAAAGUUAGUUAAAGUGUUCGCAUUUAACAGAUGAGUGGUGGCUGAAAAAAAAGGGCAGCAAGUUUUAUGUUAAUUUACCAUUUACCAGACAGAUGUUUGCCACUGCAUUAAAGUGUUUCUCUCUGCAGUUGGUGGCAAAAAAAAAACAAAAACAAAAAAAAAACGCACACAGACAAAAACAUUAAACAUCUGCAAGUGGUGGAGACCAAAAACAGAGCAAAAAAAUUUAUGUUAAUCAGCAUUUAACAGCCAGAUGUUUGCCACUGUAGCUGAUGGAGACUAAAAACAGGGUUAAACGUAUAGAUUGUUUAUGAGCAUUAAGCAGCCACGCUUGUCCUUCUGCAGGUGGUGGAGACAAAAGCAACUAAUUAACCAUUAAAGAGUUUCUCUCUGCAGUUGGUGGUGACUCAAAAACACAAAAAAAAACAUUAAAAAUCUAGUUUCAGGAGCCAGGUGUUUAACUCUGUAUUCAGAGACCAAAACAGAGCAACAAAUUCCGAUUUAAUUAGCAUUUAACAGCCUGAUCUUAGCCACUGUCGAUGGUGGAGACCAAAAAAAAGAGCUAAACAUUUAGUUUUAAGAGCCAGGUGUUUUACUCUAGUUGCGUUUAUGGAGAGAAACUUAACUCAAAUGAUACUGUUUGCUAAUGUUGCUCUGCUCAGUGUUUAAAGGAGGAACUGUCUGUUCAUCAUUAAUGAAAUUAUAUGUUGACAUUGUGUUAUGUUUACAGAUUGCUCCUCUGGGAUGAAACUAAUCAGUUAUUCUAUAUAUAUAUAUAUAUAUAGAUAUAUAUAUAUAUAUACACACACACACACAGAGUCCCCCCAUAACAAGCACUGACAUGAGUGUAUCUUCUUAUUGGUAAUUAACAAACUCUUUAAAACUGAGAUAAAUAUAAUAAUUCAAACUAACGCACUAGUGGAGAGUCAGGCCUGACGCUGCAGAGCUAUUUUGUGUCUGGGAUCAGGAUUAUGUGCACUAGUGAAAACUAAUGUAUUCUAAUAAAAGAGUCCUGCACGGAAUCUAUCAUGAAGGUUCUGGUGUUCAGCAUUAAUUUAAAAGAACUCAGAGAGCAGCUGCUGGUUGAGCUGUGUUUUUAUUUUGGAGGUUGUGGUUUGUAGAUCUGAUGAAUUGUGUUGUUCCUGUUAUUUUGACAAGCCCAGGGCUACAUUAAAUAUCUAUGAAGACUAUGAAGCUGAUCCAGUUUAAAAGAAACCCCAAACUCCGUCCUCUAUAGUUUAAUUAUAAUUUCUGAUGUUGUUUCAACAUCAAGUCAAGAUUAGAACAUGUAGGUCUGUUACACUGAAAUUAAUUCACUAGUGUACCUAAUGUUUUGGCAAGUGAAUGUAUAUGUGCAACUCAGAUUGUUAAAUGAAUAGUUUCAUCCUCUACAGGAGUGAAAUCUGUAGUUAAUCACGACUAAAUGUGAUUUCAAACAAGCUUGGAAAGGACGACAUAUACAAACCUUAAAUGUUUAUAAAUCUGAGGAGAACAAAAACUAUUAAAACAUUUGUCUUUCCUUUUCCUCAGAUUAUGUAUCAUGGACAUAGAGGUGAGCAAAGAGUCAGAGAUCAGGUUUGGUUUGAGCAUAAACAAUAGGAACGGAUGGAUUUCUGAUCGAACAGGCAAAUGAGGAAAAUGAAGAGUCAAAGUGAGCAGCAGCAGAAGACAAAUCAAAGCUUCAGCAGAACGAUAGUGAUCAGGGGAGUAAUGGUAAAAAAAAAAUACAAGAAAAACUGAAACUGUGUUUAAUAUUCAGCCGAAUCUGCUCCAGUUUCCAGCCUAACAACUCGGAGCUCGGUCUCUGAGUGGUGUGAAAAGUAGUUCACAAGUUAAAAAUAGUUGCUGCUGAGUUUUGCAAAAGGCAAAAUGAGGUCUCUUUCUUUCUUUCUCUCUGUGUGUGUGUAUUCGGUUUGAAACGAAACCUGAAAAUGUGGGUUUAAACUCGAGCCAGAACUGUGGCCAGAAAAAAAAAGUCCUAAAAGUCUCCACCUCACUGUGAUCUCUCUGUGGCGCCGAGGAAAAUGGACUCACACCUUCUCUGGAAAGCUAAUAACCGUCAGCGGGUCUCUGGCUUCAGGCUCCUCUUCAACAAUUUCCUGUCCUUUACGAGCUGGAGUGACUCUAACAAAGUGACUACAUUCACUUUUUUUUUAUUAUUUAUUUUUCUUCCACCGUACACCGUUAUACUGCGAGAGUGCGCUUUCUCCGUUUGCAUCAGUUUUAAUUUCAGAAAAUCUGAACCCGUCUGCAAACUGCACAGCGCUCCGGGUGUGUAAAGCGUUGUUUGAGUACAUGGGCCAAUCGUACGCUCAGCUCAGAAGAACUUGUGUGAUGCAUGCACGUAAACUACAAAAAGAAAAAAAGAAAAAACACAAAGAUUUAAAAAAGAUGCCGUCUCAUGAUUGUCGGAGUAGCUUCGCGGGCCUCGGUCGACGCCUGCUAACUGUGUAUUUUUAUUGAAAUGUGAAUUACCUGUACAGUAUUUGACGGUACGUCUGGAUGUUUUCUGGUUUGUGCUUCUCUGUUUCUGAUAGAAAACCUGUGGAGCAGACGUGGGUCAAAACGUGCUUCGUUGUUUUGCUUGGGAAUAAAACGAGGAGAAAAUAAUACAGAAAAUAAGAUCAAAAGAUCCUGCCGAAGGUUUUGACCCGCGGCUCGUGUCGACUCUUUGAUAUGUUUUGAUUAUUUCUUACGUGUGAACCGAAUGCUUCAAUGAAAAUGUUUGACAAAAUAAAACUGAAAACGUUCAGACUGGA